AGGCUUGUCCCUAACUGGCUACUUACAGAUGCUCCUUGAUAUUUGCUUAGAGAAGCCCUGUUGAUGUCCCAUCAUAUAGGAAACUGGCUAUGAAUUUUUAACCAUUGCAGCUGUGAUGAUGAAAUGGUGAAGAAAGAUCUGCCUCCAAGUCAAAAACUGCAUCUAGAGAGACAAGGUUCAUUGUCAAUGCUGCAUCGCUGCUUCUGACUACAAGGCCACUGCACUGCUCAGCAGGCAUAAUGAUUCUGGGAAGAGCAUUGUAUUCAUUGUGUUGGCUACAUAAUGGAGGUGUGCAAAUCUGUGCCAAGGGCCAGACAUAGGUAGCGCCAGCCCUGUACACAACACUGUGUUGGGUCCUUGGGCUGCAACCACAAGCACAGAUGUAAUGGACAUGGUCCUGCCUCUCCGCUACUAAGAUGGUCAUGGGAAACAAGAGGAUCGCAAGAGACAGGAUGUGAGCAGCAUGGCACCUGCACUGCUGAUUCUUUUGGGGGCCACAGUGAUACUGCAAACAGAUUCACUUCCCAAUAAAAAUGCUGUACUUCUCCCACCUGUCAACUUCACCAUUAAGGUUAUAGAUUUAGCUCAAGUUCUUUUACAUUGGGAGCCAAAUCCUGACCAAGAACAAAGAAAUGUCCAGCUAGGAUAUCAUGUGAAAAUAAAUGCUCCAGAAGAAAAAGAUUAUGAAACCAGGAACAUUGAGAGCAGACGUGUAACCAUCCUCCAUAAAGGCUUUUCAGCCAGUGUGCGGACCAUCCUGUGGAACAACCACUCUUUCCCAGCAAGCAGUUGGGUUUCUGCAGAAUUGAAAGUCCCACCAGGGUCUCCCGGAACCUCAAUUGUGAAUUUAACUUGCACCACAAACACCGAGGCAUAUAAUUACACACACGAAAGGCCAUACCAAGUUUCUCUUCACUGCACCUGGCUUGUUGGCAAGGAUGCCCCUGAGGACACGCAGUAUUUCCUCUACUAUAGGUACAGAUCUGUGACUGAAGAAUGCCGAGAAUACAGCAAAGAUACCCAGCAGAGAAAUAUCGCAUGCCGGUUUCCCAGGACUGUUAUCAAUAGCAAAGGGCGCGACUGGCUUGCAGUGUACGUCAACGGCUCGAGCAAGGAAGAAGCAAUCAAGCCUUUCGAUCAGCUCUUUGCUCUUCAUGCCAUUGAUCGGGUAAAUUCUCCAGUGAAUGUCACAGCAGAGAUUGAAGGAACCUGCCUCUCUAUUCAAUGGGAGAAACCAGUUUCUGCUUUUCCAAUCCAUUGCUUUGAUUACGAAGUGAAAAUUUGCAACACAAGGAAGGGUUAUUUUCAGACAGAAAAAAUGAAGACCAACACAUUCAUCUCCAUAAUUGAUGAUAUUUCUAAGUAUUCCGUUCAAGUCAGAGCAGCAGUGAGCUCCGUGUGCAGGCCAAUGGGACUCUGGAGUGAGUGGAGUCAACCUAUUUAUGUGGGAAACGAUAAGCAGAAGACCUGGAUAGAAUGGCUCCUUAUUGUGCUUACAGCAGCCACCUGCUUCAUCCUGUUAAUUGUCUCACUCAUAUGCAGGAUAUGCCACUUAUGGACCAAGUUAUUUCCACCUGUUCCAGCGCCAAAAACUAAUAUUAAAGAUUUCUUUGUAAGCAUCAACCAUGAGAAAACCGGUUCCGGUGAGACAGAAGUUGAAGUCAUAAGUUAUGUGGAGGAGGCUGGAUUGGAGACCCUGGAAGAUUCCGUGUUUUGAUUGUUUCUGAGCAUUCUCCAAACCAACUCACGGUCAUAAGCCUCAGUGCUAAGAAAACAGGAGGGGCUGUUUCUUGGCUAAGAGGAGUUCAGAAUUUACCCAACACUCAAUUUAGCUGCAAGGCAGUGAACCCAGAGUAAUCUCCUAAGUGUGGACACCUCAUCACAGUCUCCUGGCUUCUUCAGGGCAACUGAUCCACCUGAUGGUUGUGCCAAGUCUGUUCUCUACAGGGAGCACCUCCUCACCUGCCAGUCCUCGUGAUCUGCGUUUCUACUCAGACUUUCUCGUGCAGGCAUCAGUUAUUAAGGCUAAUGUCAACUGUAUUCACUUCUGAUAGUGACAGUUUGACUGUUUAAUUUGCCAGUGGUAACAGUCAGCUGAAAUCUCAGAAGAAAGCACUUUUUACCAUAUUGGAGUAAAUCAUGAACUUGGAUUCAAGACUUUCUUACAGCAAGUGGA